CUCGCGCAGACAAAGACGGCCAUAUUUGUGUGAAUAAGCGAGGGGAGCGGCACGCGCGGUUCAUAUGGUCCCGGUCAGUUACGCGGGUCACCUGAUUUUCACGCGUGUUUAACGGUCAUACACGGCGGAGAAAUGCCUCGCGGAGUACCGCUCUAGUUGAACCCUAUGAUAUAUUUUGCCCCCGCGCAGGAGUCCUCGCUCAAAAUGGAGGUGGAGAGCGUCAGCGGUGAGAUGAAUGGGCAUCAGAUGAUGGAUGAGCCAAUGGAGGAGUCCUACACACACUGUGAUGAGGGGGCUUAUAAAGAGAUCCCCAUCACUCAUCAUGUGAAGGAGGGCUGUGAAAAGGCCGAACCCAGCCAGUUUGAGCUGCUCAAGGUUUUGGGACAAGGCUCCUUUGGGAAGGUGUUUCUGGUGCGGAAGUUAAUUGGUCCAGACGCCGGUCAGCUGUAUGCAAUGAAAGUGCUCAAAAAGGCAUCUUUAAAAGUGAGGGACAGAGUUCGCACGAAGAUGGAAAGAGAUAUUCUGGUGGAGGUCAAUCAUCCUUUCAUUGUGAAGUUGCACUAUGCCUUUCAGACAGAAGGGAAACUCUAUUUAAUUCUGGAUUUUCUCAGGGGUGGGGAUGUAUUUACACGUUUAUCCAAAGAGGUUAUGUUUACAGAGGAGGAUGUGAAAUUCUACCUUGCAGAGCUGGCACUUGCAUUGGAUCACCUACAUAACCUAGGCAUUGUUUACAGAGACCUGAAGCCUGAAAACAUUUUGCUUGAUGAAGCUGGACAUAUCAAGUUAACAGACUUUGGGCUCAGUAAAGAAUCCGUAGAUCAGGACAGAAAAGCAUACUCUUUUUGUGGCACGGUGGAAUAUAUGGCCCCUGAGGUGGUCAACAGAAGAGGUCACUCACAGAGUGCUGAUUGGUGGUCUCUCGGCGUCCUGAUGUUUGAAAUGCUGACCGGAACCUUACCGUUUCAAGGAAAAGACAGAAAUGAGACCAUGAACAUGAUUCUCAAAGCAAAACUGGGAAUGCCACAGUUUUUAAGCUUGGAAGCACAAAGUCUUUUACGAUUGCUCUUCAAAAGAAAUCCAUCAAAUCGUUUAGGGGCAGGUCUAGACGGAGUGGAGGAGAUUAAACGACAUGCAUUUUUCUCCACCAUAGACUGGAAUAAAUUGUACCGGAGAGAACUUCUGCCUCCAUUCAAACCUGCUGCAGGGAAACCAGAUGACACAUUCUGCUUUGACCCAGAAUUCACCGCCAAAACUCCCAAAGAUUCUCCAGGCAUUCCUCCCAGUGCAAAUGCUCACCAGCUCUUCAAAGGCUUCAGUUUUGUAGCUCCAGUGUCAUUAGAGGAAAGCAAAAGUGCGCCUUUAGUCAGCAUCCUCCCCAUUGUGCAGAUGCACAGUGGCUCGGCUCAGUUCUCUGAUGUGUACGAGUUGAAGGAGGACAUUGGCGUGGGCUCGUACUCCAUCUGCAAACGCUGCAUUCACAGAGUGACCGCCAUGGAGUUCGCUGUCAAAAUUAUUGACAAAAGCAAGCGAGACCCGUCAGAGGAGAUCGAGAUACUGAUGCGGUAUGGCCAACAUCCCAACAUCAUCACACUAAAGGACGUGUAUGAUGAGGGUCGUUUGGUGUAUCUGGUGACAGAGCUGAUGAAGGGAGGAGAGCUGCUGGAUAAGAUCCUCCGGCAAAAGUUCUUCUCAGAGCGAGAGGCCAGUGCUGUGCUCUACACCAUUACCAAAACUGUAGACUACCUGCACUGCCAGGGGGUGGUGCACAGAGACCUGAAGCCCAGUAACAUCCUCUACAUGGAUGAUUCAGGAAACCCAGACUCCAUUCGCAUCUGUGACUUUGGCUUUGCUAAGCAGCUGAGAGGAGACAAUGGGCUGCUGCUCACUCCCUGUUACACGGCUAACUUUGUGGCUCCUGAGGUACUGAUGCGGCAGGGUUAUGAUGCUGCCUGUGAUAUCUGGAGUCUGGGCGUUCUCCUCUACACCAUGUUGGCAGGGUACACGCCAUUUGCCAACGGACCCAAUGACACGCCAGAGGAGAUUUUGUUACGCAUCGGCAGUGGAAAAUUCUCUCUUAGUGGAGGAAACUGGGAUUCAGUGUCGGACUCCUCAAAGGAUCUGUUGUCUCAUAUGCUGCAUGUGGACCCUCAUCAGAGAUAUUCAGCAGAACAGGUUCUGAAACACUCAUGGAUCUCCUGCAGGGAGCAGAACCCUCACUUUCAGCUCACACGUCAUGAAGCGCCGCAUUUGGUCAAGGACACAUUUUGGUUAUACAGAUGUUUAUGGAAACCUCAGUAUCUCGGCUCAAGAUGGUCCUAGAUCCUUGGAACAAAAACUGAUCUCUAGAGCACAUUACAAGAUCUGCAAGCCAAUAUAAAAACAAGAAGAAUUUGCCAAUCUGUGCAACCAUGAGAAGGACUUUGGUGUAAAAGCCGAAUGGAACUUCUUUGCAACAUCCCAUGGCAAAAAUGCAUGAUGGUGUUGGAGGAACAGCUGAGCGGGAAACAACAAAAGCCAGUUUGCAGAGGUCAGAGGGUCAAAUCCUCACCCCUGAAGUUAUGUUCCUCUUUUGCAACGAGAACAUUAAGGGGGUUUACAUACAUCUACGUCAAAAGCAAGCAAGUAACUGAAUUUCAUGAACUGGAGCACUUGAGAUGGAUUAACCCAACAUUCAGAUGCCUUUAACCCACAGUUAACUUUUGAGUAGGUGUUAAUUUUGUUUGCACCAACUAAAAUUUUGAAAAUAUGAAAACUUUCAUGAACAUGACAAUUUCAUCCGGAAAGGCUUUGCAAACAAUUUUCACACUAAGUCAUUGUGUUUGUGUUUCAUGAAUGAGGCCCACUGUCUUUAGAUGUAGAGUACUCAUUGUGAUGUCUCUCAUAGGGAGCGAUGGCUGCCACAUACUCUGCACUGAACCACAAGACCUGUAAACCGGUUCUGGAACCUGUGGCGGCCUCGAGUCUGGCUCAGCGCAGGAACAUGAAGAAGUUGACGUCUACAGACAUGUCCUGAACAGAGACAUGUCCAGAUCACUGUGUCCCCCUCCACACAUCCCCACACUUAUCUUAAACUAUCAGCAGUUCCUCUUGAGUCCUCGUACACAAUGCUGCAGGGAGUAAGAUCUCGCAGGAAACACUCUCUCUAUAACAGCACCAGCUCUUCAUUCAUUUCAUGACUGCUGGAUUUGAAGUGUCUCUGAGCAGUUUGAAUGUUCUUCCUUCUUUCAAACCAAGGUCAAACUUUAGGAAUUCCCUUGUUUCCUAAGAAUUAGUCUUUAUUUGGGUCAAUCUGGUGAAGAAAUGUCCAGGUCAUAUUUUACCCCAAAAUUUAAAAAAAAUGUAUUUUCUGAAAUGUCAUUUAAGCUUUUCUGCAGUGUGACAUUUUCAGUGAAUUACUGUAAUGCACAAAAAAACCUCUUUCCCACAAAACAGUGAUUACAAUCAUCCUGUUCAGACACAUUAAAAUCGGGAAAAAAAAAUGUAUUUCGUGCAACAAAGAGCACCAAAAAUGUAUAAAAACUUUUUUGCAUUAAAACAAAAACAAUUUCGACACUAAACCAUUGUUUUUCACUUUACAAUAAUGAAAAUAAGACUUUUUCACAUUAAGAGGGUUUAAAUGUGCUUAAUCAUAAUGGAAGUAUUGUCACAAUGCAAAAAAAUAAAAAUAAAUAAUAAAUAUUAAUGAUCCUAAAAAUAGACUUAAUAUUCUUUGUGCAAAAUAUUACAUUUAAAACAUAUUUUCUUUAUUUUGGGGGUGAGAUAUGACCAAGCAUUCUUUAGCAUUUUUGUGAGGUUCACCCAUUAUAGAUUGAUUAACCACUUAGUGUCCCGUCAGAGGAAUCAUGUUAGUGUUGUCGGGCAUACGCCUGAUGUGUGAAUAUCGUGACGUUACCUCAAGCAGCCAGUGUUAAACGUUUCUUUAGCUUGAUGUAUAUAAAGUGUCAUUCAUCAUGAUCAUGUUUGUGUGGAUCCUUGAGCACAUUUGCACUCGGGCUCGGCAGGUCGUCGCUUCUGUGAGAUGUUUCCUCUCCCUGCAUCUGCUCCUCUCUCUCAGACUGCUCUUUGCCUUUUGUUGAACGAGAAGUUUGAGAAAAAGGUGAAGAAAUGGAUCUAUAUUUAUAAAUCUCAAGAGGUGAAUGAAUGUGGAUGAGAUGAAUCCAUGAAGAGAGCUGGACAGGGACAGAUCUCUCUUCUCCAGAUGGAGGGAAAAUAUUCCAUAAACCUCUUUAAAGACAUUGUGGAAAUUGUAUCAUAUUGUAUUUAUUUUGUUUAUUUUUUUAAAUCUUAUUUUUCUUUCAGGUUAUGUACAUAUUGACAUUAAAGAACAUUAUUGACAUUA